GGAUUUAAUGGGUCUGUUCGUUGACAAUUGUUAACAGUUGAGAAAAUAAACUUUACUUGAAGCCUUAGAAGAAACUUAUAUUUUAAUUAAAAACUUGCAACAUAUGUUUUUAUAUUUAUUAAAAAAAAAAACUAUUUGUUGUGUAUACGUGUACGAUUAAUUUUCAGCCUUUUAUAUAAUUUUAAAAUAAAUGAAAUAUACCGAUCAACAUCAUUUAUUAUCGAUUAUACUUUUACGGCACUGGAUCAUAUGUUUAGCCAUUAAAGUGAUAAACAUUUCGAAAUAAGUUUUUUUUUUAUAAUUUAAUAAAAUAUUAAAAUAAUUAAUAACAUUCCAUAUUUUAUCUUCAUUAUUCAUAAAAGUGGAGUAUAUGAACAUUUAUUGUGCCAAACUUUGUGUAUAAUAUAUAAUAUGGCUCUGUUGGAUGUUGACUCAUGGUCAAGAGAAUGUGAGGCAUGCUCAGCCCUUAAUCAAAACAUCCUACAAAAAUUGGAACUACGUGAAAAGCGUCAAAAAAAUUCACUCGAAUAUAAUCGCCUCACAACUGCCAUACAAACUGAGUUAAAGCAGUUCGAAGGUGAAGUGAAGGAGCUCAAUCAGAAGCUGAAACUUUUAGAAGACGCACGAUCCAUAGAACCCGAUGAGCUCUACCAAAGAAAGCAACAAGUGGAAGCCCUGCAAAAUCAGUUGGCGCAAGUGAACCGGAAGGUAACACAAGACACGCGAGGAGAGCGUGCCGAAUUGUUUGCCCAACCGCCAAAUAAUUUGAACAAUAGAUCUGCAAGUUCUAAUGGAAGUGCAAGCCCCACAGAAAAUGAUAGCGAUGUAAACGCUUUAAAGCAACGUCAAAUCGAUAUAUUAGAAAACCAAAAUCGCGGCUUAGAAGUUUUAUCUCAGACAAUAUCUCGGCAAAGAAACAUCGCUUCACAGUUGGGUAAUGAAGUCGAAAAUCAAAAUGAUAUAUUGGAUAAUUUGGCCAAUACUAUGGACAGAGUUGAUGCGCGUGUACACGUCGAAACAGGAAAUAUUGGCGAUAUAAAUCGGAGAGAUAGCACAUGGGGUUAUUGGCUAGUGAUCAUCAUUUUAUUUGUUGCCAUUGUUAUUGUAGCAGUUAUUUAAAAUGUGGGUGUCUCGGAAUUGGUAUAUAUUUUUCAAAUAAUUGUGAAACGGUAUUAACGAAAUAUUAUGUAAUAAAAUGUAUUUAAAAUAUUAUAAA